GAAAAAUUAUCUACUGCAACAUCAUAUUUAACCGCAGAACUGCCAUUCCAGUCAUAAUUGUGCUAUUGCGGAGUGCAGAUCCCUCAUUAGAGACAUGUCACCAUCAAGUCUAAUGCGCCUUCUGCUAAUCCUAUCGUCAAUCAGCUACAGCUUCAGUGGUUCACCUGCGAACGAGACGUCGAAUGAAACUAUACAAUACCAUUUGGAGCAACGAAGAGCUAGACUCGAAAGAUUCAACCCGACAUUCACAGACACGAGUAGCUUCAAUUUUUUCCAGGUCCUGAAUAAUGCAGUGAAAUCCCCGAGAGUAAACCUACUGAUUCAAGACCUGAUCAUCUCGUCUUAUCCGCAUUUUGAAUCACUAUCUGAGGUGACUUACUUUCAACCAACGGCGAUGAUACAGGAAGAUUUCCAGGUGCUGCGAGAUAACUACAUAAACUGCUGGAAUACCUCAGCUAGGAUCUACUACAGGUCCUCCUCACCAGGAUUCCACCCAGUGAUACCAGAACCCGGUGAGGAAGGACAGGCCCAGUUAAAGAAAUGUAUCGGCAAGUCAAAGGAACAACUUCUCCCCCAUUCUGAAAUAAAAGCUCUCCUAGGUGACCCUGACGAGCUUAAUCCGUUAAAAUCCAAUAGAAACUUCAGCAGUAGCAACGACAGGCUGUGGCGUAACAUAACCCAUUACUUUUUUAACUGCGUCCCAGCGGAAAAAGUCAGUGUCGAUCGUUUUGCAUAUCAGCAGGAGCUGUUGCCCUUUGAACACCAAAUAAAUCAAUGGUUAGAUCUAAUAGCGACUGCUAAUCUAUCCAUAGGCGAAUAUUUCAGAUUACAAAUACUGAGAUUUAGCGUAGUCCACCAUGAAGAGUUCCGGAAGACGUUGGACGAAAUGCCCCAGCCAUCGGAAAUCCUUCAGGAUCUUCCGUUCUUCCCGACUAACACCAGCACCAAUGAGUUUAACAAUACAGCUAUCUACAGAGCUACAAUCUUGUUACUUGCAAAUGAAUCCGCGAGUCUGCUUCAAGAAGGACUUGAAUUGCUUCAAGACGCAUUGAUAGAUUUGAUCAUCAUUGACAGAGCCAAACCCGAGGAGAAAUCACGGUACAUACCAGUUCGUUAUGAAUUCAAUAUGUCUGAAGUUACAUUGCUGGAUAUAGCGAAGAUCGGAGGAAUGCUCUGGGACUUUCGAUAUGUAACUGAUGCAAAUUAUUAUCAGACUCCACUGAAGUUAGAUAAUAAUGGAGUGCUUGGAUACUUCUCGGCGAAUCCUCAGCUUUCGGAAGACCAGAGGAUUCUGAGGAUCAGAUGGACUAUCAACAACUUCAUAAAACUCUACUGGAAAGUCAUGAAAACUCGAGGGAUUGUUCCUAAGAAGAUGGAGGAACAGGAUCAAGCUGUUGUUUGUGAGUUCCAGUCUAUGGAUGAAUUGACCAAGUACGACAGAAUACGCACUCCACCGAAUUUCGAUUUAAACAGUAAUGGAGGACCGCAUACUCAUAUAAUAAGGAAGAGACUUGAAAAAUGUACUCAUUGUCUGCUUGUCGACUCUAUUAUUGAUGAAGCCAUUGGGGACAUACGUGAAAGAGGGAAUCACUCUAUCCCAAAAGAUCUGCCUUUGCCUCUAGUUCUCAAGCUGAAUGACUUCUUAAAGGAUGCAUCGAAGGCUCAGAAAGAGAAGGGAUUGAACUUGAUCAAAUAUUUGUAUGAAUAUUCGUGGGCCGUCAUGCCACUGGUGAAGGGAAAUCCUACACCUAGCGUAUUCUUCGUAGAAGAAUAUAUGCCGAACGUCAUGGACAAACGACUGCAGUCUUUGCUGUCCGAAUUGCAAAUAUUCGGAGGAAAAUUGGACGUCAAGUAUUUGAACGAAUUCGGACAGGAAACCUUUAUCAAAAAUGGAAGUGAGGGAUCAUUCCAGUGGGUGGGACCACAUGUGAGACCAUCAUCUUAUACAUCGGAACAUGAAAUUUAUGUGAAUAUAAAAUAUAUUCUGAAUGCAAUUGUGGAAUUGAUAUUUGAAGUUGUGAACACGAAGAAAUAGAAAGCCAUCCAAGUUCUGGUAAAUAUUGAUCAAUCCUGAUCAAUUGUCAUCAUAUCCUUGGAAAUCGAUGAUGCAAACUGACCAGGUGAUGAGAUUUUAGUGAAUGUAGUCAAUAAAAUUGAGAUAAUCUGUUA